UAACUUAAAAAGUAUAAGAUACUGGUCAUGGUGGCUGAUAUCUUGAAUCCCAGCACUCAGAAGGCAGGGUAAGUUGGAGCUCUGUGAGUUCAAAGCCAACCUCAUAUGGAUAGUAAGACCCUGUUUGGGUUUUUAUGGUUUUUUGGUUUUUUUGGUUUUUUUGGGUGUUUGUUUUGUUUUGUUUUUUUUUGUUUUUGUUUUUGUUUUUGUUUUUUGAGACAGGGUUUUUCUGUGUAGCCCUGGCUGUCCUGGACUCACUCUGUAGGCCAGGCUGGCCUCAAACUCAGAAAUCCACCUGCCUCUGCCUCCCAAGUGCUGGGAUUAAAGGCGUGUGCCACCACGCCCGGCUUUUUUUUUUUUUUUUAAAGUUGAAAAUGCACAGACAGAAACGUCCUUAUAUAAGUGAACACAUAUUUCAGGAAAUAUUGCUUACUAAGGAUGAUGCAUCAAAUUUCUUAUUCUGUCCUACUUCAUUUUUUCAAAAGACAUACUAAUUUGUGAUGUCAUUGCCACUAAAUGACUAUGACCUGUCCGAUGCUGAGAUUUAUCUAGAGCGUUCCUAAAUCUCUGCCACAAUGAACUCUUUUUUACUCACUCGACUCUGUGACUAUUUCUGAGAGCCCCUCUCCUCCAGUUGUGUAAUUCCUGUGUACUUAAACUUCUGAUAAACUAUAGGCAGUUAUCCUGGAAAGUUAGAUUCCAAUCCUGGAUCUGCCGUCAUCGGGACGUACAAACUUUGGGCAAAUCCCUACAUCUCUUUUGACCUCAGUUUCCCCGUCAUCUCUACAGAGUCGGCAACAUCGAAAGCAGACGCCCCACCCCCCUGACUCAGCGGCGACCUACCGGACUUCUCGCCAAGCCCUUCUCCCCCUUUUCCGCUCCUCCUCAAGCCUCGGAAGCAAGCAGCGGGAGGAGAAACAGGCAGGUCCAGGCAGGAGGGCCCACAGCUGGGAGGGGCCGAGGCGAGCCAGGCCCCCUAGUAGGAAAUGAGACAGAUCCAAGUAACACUUUAAAAGCCUGACUCCCUCUUCCUGCACGCGUUCUCUUUCCAUCCUCCGCUCUGCUCCGGCCCCUCCCGGACAGCCUCCCUUCUCUUUCCUAAUCAGCAGCCUGAGGAACCCGAGCCUGCCCCGACCCAGGUGGGACCCAGAACUCCAGGAUGUUGACGAAGUUUCUGCCGCUACUGCUGCUGCUGCUGCCUGGCUGCGCCCUUUGUAACUCCGAUGGCUCCCAAAGCCUGCAUAUGCUCCAGAUCUCCUAUUUCCAAGACAACCAUCAUGUGAGGCAUCAGGGCAACGCCUCUCUGGGAAAACUCCUGACACACACGCUGGAAGGCCCCAGCCAAAACGUCACCAUCCUCCAGCUACAGCCCUGGCAGGAUCCGGAGAGCUGGGAGCGCACAGAGAGUGGCCUGCAGAUCUAUCUGACCCAGUUCGAAAGCCUGGUGAAGCUGGUAUAUCGCGAGCGCAAGGAGAACGUGUUCUUUCCUCUCACUGUUAGCUGCUCCCUGGGCUGCGAGCUGCCGGAGGAGGAGGAGGAGGGCUCUGAACCCCAUGUCUUCUUCGAUGUGGCCGUGAAUGGAAGCGCUUUUGUAAGUUUCCGGCCAAAGACUGCCGUGUGGGUGUCAGGCUCCCAGGAGCCCUCCAAAGCAGCCAACUUCACCCUGAAGCAGCUCAAUGCCUACAACCGGACUCGGUAUGAACUGCAGGAAUUUCUUCAGGACACUUGUGUGGAGUUCCUGGAGAACCACAUCACCACGCAAAACAUGAAAGGUCUGAGGGGAUUCUGGCCCUGCCUGUGUGUUGGGGAGGGCAUGACUGCCAGGCAAAUGAAGGGACAUGAGGGAUCCCUUGAGCAACAAAAUGAGGAGGCUGGAGACUCAGGCGAGGGUACAUCCACAAAGCCUAAGUCACUGGGUGACGUCCUUUGAAAGUAUAGAUGCCUUGGGGUUCGACCCAGACUUCAGACUCCUUGGGGGUAUGCUCUUAAACUCACUUUUUGCCUGUUCUGCAGGGAGCCAAACAGGUCGCUCUUACACAUCACUGGUCCUGGGCAUCCUGAUGGGCUGUUUCAUAAUCGCUGGUGUGGCCGUGGGCAUCUUCAUGUGCACAAGUGGACGGCGUUGCUAAUUAUCUAAUUAUUCUCCAGGCCCCUUGGAGAAAGGGCUGGACUGGUGGGGGCUGGUAAGGGAAGGUCGUAGCUCAUAUGAUGCCAAACAGACUCCCCCAGUGGGCCAUCACAUCUCAGGAGGUUAAAAGCAACAACUCCAGGUCUGUCUGCCUAAGAAGUGUGUGUGUGGGAGGGGGCAGUAUGUAGACAACAAAGUAACGGGUUUGCAAAGGACUUGAGAGCAUUUGUGCUUUGUGUAGCUGGUCUGAGAAGUGGGUGCUUAAUUGUGGAAAUCAGACCAUAGACUUGGGGGGAGGCUGGGAGGUCUGUGAUCUCCCUGAAUAGGCAGACUUACUGUAGGCAUUCAAAACAUCUUACUAAAUAAAAGAAGUUGUCUGUAACCAAAAUCAAACAUAGUUAAUGUGUCCAGGUGUAUCCAACUUGGGAAGGGACACUGGAAUGACAGGGAAGAAAGAACCACAGAAAUAUCACCGUUGUGAGGUUGAACAAUAUGGGAGCAGUGAAUUCAUAAAUAUUAAAUUUCUUAUUUAUGUAAAAGGUGUACUUAUAUCUUCUAUUUUAUUAAAACUUCUGAAAAAAAAAAGUA